AUCGCUGCCAUAUCGCCAGCAGAUAUCAACUACGACGAGACUUUAUCAACACUCAGGUUUGCUGAUCGAGCAAAAGCAAUCAAGACGAACGCGGUGGUGAACGAAAAUCAGACGGAACGCCUGCUACGCGAAUUAAGGGAAGAAAACGAACGUUUGCAGAAGGAACUCAAAGGAGGAGGUGGUGGAACCAACGAAGAAAUUGAAUCUCUUCGACGUCAACUUGAACAGAAUCAGAAAGAGAUGGCUGAACUGGAGAAGACCUGGCAAGAGAAAGUCGCUGAGGAAGCCGCAAAACUUCAAAGCACAUCUGCCGAGCGCCUGGCGAUUCAGAAGCAGCGCAAAGAAAUCCCUCAUCUUUGGAACCUCAACGAGGAUCCAGCACUGACCGACGUUAUCGUUCAUUUCUUGCCACCAGGAGAAGUGACAAUCGGAAACAAGACAGCCGUGCCGGCUCCGAUUGUGCAACUAAACGGUCUCUCAAUUCUACCACAACACGCCGUUGUAGUUAAUUCGAAGAAUAAGAAAGUAACCAUUACACCUUGCGGGGAAGCGGAAAUCCUUAUCAACGGCAAAAACGAUCACAAAAACGAAGGAACUGGUACAAAAUGA